GCUGAGCCCGGGGCGCGGCCUCUGCACCCGCCUGGCCGGGACGGCGGAGGAGCAGGAGGAGGAGCGCAGGAUCAGGGCCCCGCAAACGGGCCGGGGGGCCGCCCGCCACGGGCCGGGGGGCCGCCCGCCACGGGCCGGGGGGCCGCCCGAGAGGCCCGGCCGGGCCGCGUCCCCUGAGCGCAGCCCGGAGUUGACUGCACGAAACUUUUCCUGUGCCCUUCGGCGGCGCGACCGGAGCCCGAGCCCACCGCGGGCCGGGGGGGAGCUAGGGGGAGAGAGAGCCGCGGCUCCCCCCGCCCGCGCUCCCCCGCCGCCCGUCGGGGCGCGGCCGGGCGCGGCGGCGGCGGGGCUGGGGCCCCGGGCGAUGGCCGCGGAGCUGGCGAUGGGCGCAGAGCUGCCCAGCAGCCCACUGGCCAUCGAGUACGUCAACGACUUCGACCUGAUGAAGUUCGAAGUGAAGAAGGAGCCGCCCGAGGCCGAGCGCUUCUGCCACCGCCUGCCGCCUGGCUCGCUGUCCUCGACGCCCCUCAGCACGCCCUGCUCCUCGGUGCCCUCUUCGCCCAGCUUCUGCGCACCCAGCCCGGGCACCGGCGGCGGCGCGGGCGGCGGGGGCAGCGCGGCUCAGGCCGGGGGCGCCCCGGGGCCGCCGAGUGGAGGCCCCGGCACUGUCGGGGGCGCCUCAGGAAAAGCGGUGCUGGAGGAUCUGUACUGGAUGAGCGGGUACCAGCACCACCUGAACCCCGAGGCGCUCAACCUGACGCCCGAGGACGCCGUGGAGGCCCUCAUCGGCAGCGGCCACCACGGCGCGCACCACGGCGCGCAUCACCCGGCGGCCGCUGCGGCCUACGAGGCCUUCCGGGGCCAGGGCUUCUCGGGCGGCGGCGGAGGCGGCGGCGGCGCGGACGACAUGGGCGCGGGCCACCACCACGGCGCCCACCACACCGCCCACCACCACCACUCCGCCCACCACCACCAUCACCACCACCACCACCACCACGGCGGCGCGGGCCACCACGGCGGAGGCUCGGGCCACGGCGGAGGCGGCGCGGGCCACCACGUGCGUCUGGAGGAGCGCUUCUCCGACGACCAGCUGGUGUCCAUGUCGGUCCGCGAGCUGAACCGGCAGCUCCGGGGCUUCAGCAAGGAGGAGGUCAUCCGGCUGAAACAGAAGCGGCGCACGCUCAAGAACCGCGGCUACGCGCAGUCGUGCCGCUUCAAGCGGGUGCAGCAGCGGCACAUUCUGGAGAGCGAGAAGUGCCAGCUCCAGAGCCAGGUGGAGCAGCUGAAGCUGGAGGUGGGGCGUCUGGCCAAAGAGCGGGACCUGUACAAGGAGAAAUACGAGAAGUUGGCGGGCCGGGGCGGCCCCGGGGGCGCGGGCGGGGCCGGCUUCCCUCGGGAGCAGUCGCCUGCGCAGGCGGGCCCCGGGGCGGCCAAGGGCGCGCCCGACUUCUUCCUGUGAGCGCCAGACCCCGGGGCCUCGCCGCCGCCGCCGCCGCCGGGGACGAGUUUGCGCAGGCCGCCCCGGCCUGGGGGCGGACUCGGGGCCCGGACGCUCGCGCCUGCGCUGCGCUGCGCUGCUCCUCCCGGCCGUCCCGCC